AUGGCGGCGCAGAGGAGGAGCCUGUUGCAGAGUGAGCAGCAGCCAAGCUGGACAGACGACCUGCCGCUCUGCCACCUCUCCGGGGUGGGCUCGGCCUCCAACCGAAGCUACUCGGCUGAUGGCAAGGGCACCGAGAGCCACCCGCCCGAGGACAACUGGCUCAAGUUCAGGAGUGAGAACAACUGCUUCCUGUACGGGGUCUUCAACGGCUACGACGGCAACCGGGUGACCAGCUUCGUGGCCCAGCGCCUGUCCGCCGAGCUCCUGCUGGGCCAGCUCAGCGCCGAGCACACGGAGGCCGACGUGCGCCGCGUGCUGCUGCAGGCCUUCGACGUGGUGGAGAGGAGCUUCCUGGAGUCCAUCGACGAUGCUCUGGCCGAGAAGGCGAGCCUGCAGUCCCAGCUGCCAGAGGGGGUCCCCCAGCACCAGCUGCCUCCUCAGUAUCAGAAGAUCCUCGAAAGACUCAAGGUGCUGGAGAGGGAGAUUUCCGGAGGAGCCAUGGCGGUCGUGGCUGUCCUUCUCAACAACAAGCUCUACGUCGCCAACGUCGGUACGAACCGCGCACUGCUGUGCAAAUCCACGGCGGACGGGCUGCAGGUGACACAGCUGAACGUGGACCACACCACGGAGAACGAGGAUGAGCUCUUCCGCCUCUCCCAGCUGGGUCUGGACGCAGGAAAGAUCAAGCAAGUGGGGAUCAUCUGUGGGCAGGAGAGCACCAGGCGCAUUGGAGAUUACAAGGUCAAAUAUGGCUACACUGACAUCGACCUGCUCAGCGCUGCCAAGUCCAAGCCCAUCAUCGCGGAGCCCGAAAUCCACGGCGCGCAGCCCCUGGACGGGGUGACGGGCUUCCUGGUGCUGAUGUCCGAGGGGCUGUACAAGGCCCUGGAGGCGGCCCACGGGCCUGGGCAGGCCAACCAGGAAAUCGCCGCUAUGAUCGACACCGAGUUCGCCAAGCAGACCUCCCUGGACGCGGUGGCCCAGGCCGUGGUGGACCGGGUGAAGCGGAUCCACGGGGACACCUUCGCCAGUGGCGGCGAGCGUGCCAAGUUCUGCCCGAGGCACGAGGACAUGACUCUGCUGGUGAGGAACUUCGGCUACCCGCUGGGCGAGAUGAGCCAGCCCGCAGCAUCCCCGGCUCCAGCCGCAGGAGGACGUGUGUACCCCGUAUCCGUGCCUUACUCUAGCGCCCAGAGCACCAGCAAGACCAGCGUGACCCUCUCCCUCGUCAUGCCCUCGCAGGGCCAGCUGGUCAAUGGGGCCCACAGCGCUUCCACCCUGGACGAAGCCACUCCCACCCUCACCAACCAGAGCCCGACCCUGACCCUGCAGUCCGCCCGCACGCACACUCAGAGCAGCAGCUCCAGCUCGGACGGGGGCCUCUUCCGCUCGCGGCCUGCCCACUCGCUGCCGCCCGGCGAGGACGGCCGAGUGGAGCCCUACGUGGACUUCGCCGAGUUCUACCGCCUCUGGAGCGUGGACCACGGCGAGCAGAGCGUGAUGACGGCGCCGUAG